CCAUUGAAGGUACGUUUGUAAGACAAGCAACUCCACACUCUAACGAAAAAUUUCAGUCUCUUUAAUUUCUGAAGUAAUACCACGGAAUCUCGGUACACGUUCUCAAUUAAUUUAGGAUACCUUCAUAAAAUAAAACUCUACCUUUAAAAAUAUGUCUUUCCUACAAAGAUUGUUAAAUCGGUACAUUCCAACAGUAAAAGCAGAAGAUGGCGAAGAUGAGUUGAUAGAUCCUCAAAAAAUACUUAGAGAAAGAUGUGCGCUUAAAGACUAUUGCAAGCAGUUGCAUGAAAAACUUAAUACAUGUAACGACCGGGUCAAUUCAAGAACUAAAACAGAAGAAACAUGCCUCGAAGAGUUAAUUGAUUAUGUAGAAUGUGUAGAUCACUGCGUAGCAGAAAAACUCUUUUCAAAGCUUAAGUGAAGUUAUAUUGCAACUACAUCGUGUGACUGGUUAAAAAAUGUUAUUGAUUACGCUGAUGCAUUGUAGAUUUAAAAAUAUUGCUAGAAAUAAAUAAUGAUUAUUUAUCAAUGAGUAUUAACACUUAA